AUGGGCCCUCGGCGCUGCUCUGGCUUUGCGACCGACGACGGGAUCGUCAUCGAGUGCUGCUUCAAUCCGUGGGAGAAGGGCAAGCGCGCGCAGGGCAAGUUCGAGGGGAAGUGUCAGUGGUGCUCUCCCAUUCGCAUGGCAACCAUCUGCGCGACGCCGCAGCAGUCCAAGCUGACCGCGCACAGCCUGGCGAACCUGCACGAGCUUGACAUCGGCAUCUACGACAUGGCCGUGGAGCGGCUGAAGAUGCACGAGAGGGGCGAUCAGCUCAUUGCCCGCGCUGUCGGCAUAAUCUCGGAGCGCUCGCAGGUGGGCGUGCCGCCACCGCCGCCAAUCGAGGGUGACCAGGGCAACGUGGUCUCGCAGGCCGCCGAGGAGGAGAUUCCUGCUGCCAUGGAGCCCGACGAGGAAGCAGCCGCUGCAGGGCCACCAGCUGCAGCGGAGCCGCCGCCAGUACUCGCGGAAGGCGAAGGCGCGGCCGCAGGGAGCAGACGCCAUCGCCUGUGCGAGGGGUACAGCCUGGCGCGCGCCAUGGGCCGCAGGCUCCGCAGCAAGGAGGACGAGGGCGUCUGCUUGUUCUCCCGAGAGCAUCCUGGACAGCGUGCUCGAGCCCUCGACGGGAAGUGCCUCUGGUGCACGCCUGCUCGCAUGAAGGAGGCGGCAAGCAAUCCCGCCAAGAAGAAGGAGGCCAUGACCGACCUGAAGAAGAUCGAAGCUCGUAACCCUGCGCUGAAGCAGAAGGCGCUGGGGCGGCUGCGCAGGCACCUCACCGCGCAGGAAUAUAAGGUCAUCGUCAUGCCGCACAACUGCUGCCGCGGCGCAGGGGAUGCCAUGUGCCCCUUCAGCACGGCGAACCCAGGGCAGCCCGCGUACGUGAAGAAGGCAGACAAGCACCUGUGCAGUUGGUGCGACCCGCCGAGGCUGCGCGGCAUGCAGGGCGUGAAGCGCAACGGCUUGCUGACGCAGCUGAAGGCAAUCCUGAAGGAGGUCUUCGGGGACAACUACCUCGCACAGCUAAAGAAGAAGACUGUCCGGCAGAACCAGCAGGCGGCAAAAGCUCGAAGGCGCACUGGCAAGACGAACUGGCCCACGAAGCUGGCAAAACGGCGGCUGGCGAUGGAGAGCCCGACGGUCGACGAGGAAGCUCGCAAGAAGUUCCGCAAGCUAGCCCUGGCGGACUUGAAGAAGGUCGAGAACUCGUUCUACAAGGACAAAGCCGAACGAAAGUUGCGCGGUCGCGCCGACGAGGUCCCAAAGAGCAAGGAUUUGGAACCGCCGAUUGGCGAAGCAGGCUUCAGUGAUCUGUCGAAGGGGCUGCGGUCCUGGGCCGCCAAAGGCUCUUGGGGCAUUUGCAAGGAGUGCCAUGUCCUGCAGCCGCGGCCCAUGCACGAGAUCGAUAUGUUCCUGGAUGCCAGCGAGGAGAUCUCGAAGAGCGCCUGUCGCCGCUGCAACGCCUCUCGCGAGAUGUACGUCCCGCUGCCUGAUGACGUACCAGGGCCACUCCGCGGCCUGUCAGAGGACAUCGUCGAGGCCCUCCGGCCCAUCGAGAUCGACGUCGGCCCCGAGACGCGCUCCACCGACACGUUCGGCCGCCCGAACGGCUACCGCAAGAAGGUGAAGAUGAUCACGUUCUAUUUCUCGAAGUGGCACGUCAAGGACAAGAUCAAGGAGCUGGACGAUGACGCGUGGCGGACGGCGAAGAAGGCUUACAAGUACCUGCUGUCUUGCGAAGAGUCCUCGUGCAAGCGGUUCCAGCAUGAGGUCGGGCUGGAGUGCGCUCUCUGGCCAAACCUGUACUGGUGCACCGAGAUGACGGAGACGCACGAGCAGUGGUCCGACGCGAGGCGCGAGGAGAGGCGCGACGCCCAGGAGGCCAAGAAGAAGAAGGCAAAGUACGGCUAUGAUUCGGACGCCGAGGAGGACGAGGGCGGCGACGGCGGCGGCCAGCGCUCCAGCGUCAAGCGGUCGUUCAUGACCAAGUGCCUCUCGCCGCUGCUUGGGUACGGAUCCAACUUCGAGCUGCUCCAGUUCGUGUGCGACCUGAACCUCUGGGCGACGCUCGGUGCGAAAAAGAACCUGGGGCUCGACAACGUGCCGAUGCGGAUGCUCAUGAAGGGCCAUACCUUCUCGCCGCUCUACUGGAAGGAGGUGCACAAUGCCCUUGUCGACCUCGUGCGCCAGGUGGGCUUCCCGAAGCUGUUCUUCACCAUUGCGCCGUGGGAGCCGUGCUUCAAGUACCACGACUGGCUGCGCGAUGAGAUGGAGAAGACACUGCGGACACGCAUGUACCUCCCCGUGGGGGAGACGCUGCACAUGUCGCAUGUGCUCAUGCAGAUCGUCCGAGGCAUGCUGGCGGGCAAUAACAACCAGAAGAUGGACCGCAGCGGCCGCAGCUGGACAAAGCACGUGUUCGCCGCGACAGACGCCGACGGCAAACAGGUUCGCGUCCAGACGUUCACGCGGCUGGAGUUCCAGGACGGCAGCCGCAAGGAGGGCACGAAGCGCUACGACGGCUCUGGCCGACCGCACCUGCACGUCCUCUUCUUCGCGGACGACGACGCCAUGUCGAACAUGGGAUUGGGGCAUCACCUCUUUGCGACCAAGCCCCACGGCUUCUCGGACGACCUGAAGGGCUAUGUGGACGGAUCGCAGCUCAACAAGCACGGCGACGCAGAGAGCAAGUGGCCGAUCUACCACGGCCCGUCGGGGGUGCACGGCGACGAAGGUGUCCUCCAGCUGAAGCACACCGAGGAGGAUCACGACGCGGGCCUCCGAGCGUACUGCGCUGACGUAAUGGACGGGCUCCCGUGCCAUCAGGACUGGCAGACCAGCGACGGGGAGGCCAUGCUCCUGCAAUACGUCUCCAAGUAUGUGGCGAAGUUCUCGGACAGCAGCUACGACGAGUGGAUGAGCGACAAGGCCUCCGCGGACAGCGUGGCCAGGCGCGUCUGCUUCGAGUACCACCCCUACGAGCCAGAGAUGAUCCUGCAGCUGUGUGGAGCGCAAUUCAGACAGUACGACAUCUCUACGGUCAGCGGCGGCUUCCGCACCGUGACGGCGCCUUACUCGGGCAUGGCGGAUGUGCCCGACUGGGUCCAGAGGUAUGCUGACUGCUCGUGGCGCCACGAGGGCAUGACGCUCCUGGAGUGGCUUCGGAAGACUACUGGCGACGGCGCCAUCGCUGGAUGGCUGAAGCGCAAGCACAAGCAGGAGCUGGUGCUGGCCCUGUACAGGCGGUACCGCGCGACCGUGCCCGAGGGCGAGGAGCCCCAGGCGCUCGACGCUCACUGGCGCUUCCUGCGCGCUGAGUACAAAGGCAUGACCGAUGCUGAUGGCGGAAGUAGCGGGAACAGUGACGAAGACUCCGACGCCGAAGACGAGGAGCAGCCGAAGACCUUCGAGGAGUUCCUCGCGAAGAAGCACAGAGACGAAAAGAGCGAGGGCGAGGACGACUUUCCCAGCCUCAAGGAGUUCGCGCGAGCCUACCGCAUGCAGGGCGAGAAGGUGGUCAGCGUCGACACGGUGUACGAGCACAACGACCGCUACUACGGCCAGUGGGCUGCAAUGAACGUGCCGUUCCGAUCGCUCGGCGAGCUCGAGUUCGAGGAUGUGAAUCGCCUGGUUCCGCAGAAAUACAAGUAUCUCGCGGCGGCGCUGCGACAGUGCUCCGACCAGGGCCGCGUCGCUGAAGAGCACCAUGACUUGUUCACCGAUGGCAGGCGGCUCGUGGACUACAUGAGCGCUUCCGCGAAGUCCAGCAAGUUCACCGAGGCUGUGCAUCACAUGAUCGUGGGGCAGCGGAAGCUCAUCAACAUGUACCUGACGGGCAUCAUCGACAAGGCCGACGAGAAGGCCGCGGCCGACGCCGAGGCCGCGGUCAUCGCCAACCGCAUGCCAGCGCGCGGCGAGGGCCAGGAGGAGGUCGACUUCAACCCGAAGCAGUUGCAGCUGGAGGAGGCGAUCAACGAGCGCGUGGACCGUGCCGUGCGGGCGGAGCUGUCGGAGGACUGGGAGGAGGCGGACGAGGCGCGCGAGGAAGCCUACAAGAAAAACACGCCCGUCAUCUGCCUUGGGAAGCCUGGGACGGGGAAAACGACCGUGGUGAAGUCUUGCAUUCGCCGCGCCCAGGAGCAAGGCGCGCGCGUGCUCUUCGCCCUCCCGACGGCGCAGCUGUCCAGCCGCAUGAAGCAAGCACUGCAAGGCCUGGACGGCCUAACAAUCGAUACGUGCCACGCCGCCUUCAAGUUGCAUGAGCCCAUCUCGGAGAGUCUUCACAGGAUGACGGACUUCGACUUGGUAGUGGUGGACGAGGUAUCGCUGCUGAGCUGCGACAGUUUCGAGCGCAUCCUGAAGCUGUGGAGCGUCGCUGGGAAAGUCCCCGCGCUGGUCUUCCUCGGGGACAAGUACCAGCUCCCGGGGGUCGAGCCGACACGUCCGUGGGAGAGUGCCGCAUGGAAGCAGCCGCGCUGCUCCCACGUGAAACUCACCGAGACCUGGCGGUGCAAGGAGGAGCGCUUCCAGGAGAUCCUGGACGAGCUUCGGACAGACAAGCCUUCGAAGGAGACGUUCCGCAAGAUUGUGCGCGAUCACAAGGCGUGGGGCGCCGCGGCCGUGAACGAGGCGGCAGUCGCUUCGCUGUACGGCCGCAAGACCCCGCUGGCCACGCUGGACGGGGACGUGGAACUGAACCCCGAGAACUACCUGGAUGGCAAGCUCCGCACGGACCGCAGGCUGGUUCCAAGCAAAGUGCCGAUCUAUAAGUGGAUGAAGUUGUACCUGACGAAGAACAAGAACAAGGAAGCUGACGAGGUCAACGGCAUGCUGUGCGAGGUGGAGAACUACCACGCCGAGGAAGACAUGCUGCGCGUGAUGACGAAGACUGGCCAUCGUCUGGCCAUCACUCGCUGGACCGAUCGCGAGAAGGGCAACGCGGUCUACUUUCCAAUCCGCCUCGGGUGCGCCAGCACCAUCGACAAAGUGCAAGGCGACGAGUUCCCCCACAUCACUAUAUACCUGGACGGAUGGCCUCGGCCAGCAGCGGGGUAUACAGCGCUCAGCCGUGUCGCGACGUCGGACGACUACCUGAUUGGCGGCUACGUGGAGCGCGACAACUUCAUACCCGCGUCCUGA